AUGAGCCUCUUUAUUGAUGUCAUCUCCAAUGACGAGAUGUUUUCGGACUCAUUCCCUAUAAAAGUAGUCGACGAUAUUGUCUAUGAAGUAAACUGCGUACUUAUACAAGUGACCGGAGACACUGAGAUUGGCACUGAACAGGAGGAGGCGCUGGAAGAUAACAUCCGCAUUGUCAAUAAUCUCGUGCAUACGUUUCGUCUACAACCAACCACCUUCGACAAAAAGUCGUAUUUAAUGCAUUUAAAGAGGUCCACGCGUUUGAACAAGGCUUCUCCCAGUAUGCGAAAAAAAAUCGUCGCCAAUUUCAGAACAUUUGAAUUUUACACUGGAAUGAAUAUGAACGGAGAGGCUAUGGUUGCUCUUCUCAACUACCGCUCCGAUGGCGUGACUCCAUUUUUUACCUUCUGGAAGGAUGGGCUGAAUGUAGUUGAUCAUUGA